CGCCACACGCACAACCAACUUAACGUCGUACAUGACUUUGCGGCUUUGACAAAAACAAAAUCUCAUUUUGUUCAGGAAAAAUUAACUAUUUGUCUGUGCUCUACGAAGCAAAGCCAUCAAAUCAAAUCAAAAUGCCAGCCGAAAACCUGGAGGAGCAGGGCCUGGAGAAGAAUCCGAACCUGGAGUUGGCCCAGACUAAAUUCUUACUCACCCUGUCCGAGUACAAGCAGGAUGCGGCCCUGAAGGCUAAGCUUCUGGAGGCGAUUCGCACGGAGAACAUGGCCCCGUGGUACGAGCACAUCUGCACGGAGCUCGGCUGGGCCGUUGACAAAGACCUGUUGGCGCGUAUGAAGGAGAACAAUCGCGUGGAGGUGGAGCAGCUAGAUGCAGCCAUCGAGGAUGCAGAGAAAAAUCUGGGCGAGAUGGAGGUGCGCGAGGCGAACCUAAAGAAGUCUGAAUACUUGUGCCGAAUCGGCGAUAAGGCUGCGGCAGAGACUGCCUUCCGCAAGACCUACGAAAAGACUGUGUCACUGGGUCACCGUCUGGACAUUGUGUUCCACCUGAUCCGUUUGGGACUAUUUUACCUAGACCACGAUCUUAUCACGCGAAACAUCGACAAGGCCAAGUAUCUAAUUGAGGAGGGAGGCGAUUGGGAUCGACGCAACCGGCUGAAGGUCUAUCAGGGCGUAUAUUCAGUGGCUGUACGCGAUUUCAAGGCGGCUGCCACAUUCUUUCUUGACACCGUGAGCACAUUCACUUCUUACGAGCUGAUGGACUAUCCCACCUUUGUGCGCUACACAGUGUACGUGGCCAUGAUCGCCCUGCCCCGUAAUGAGCUGCGCGACAAGGUGAUCAAGGGCUCCGAGAUCCAGGAGGUGCUUCACGGCUUGCCCGACGUUAAACAGUUUCUUUUUGCCCUAUACAAUUGCCAGUACGAGAAUUUCUAUGUCCAUUUGGCUGGCGUAGAGAAGCAGCUGCGGUCCGACUACCUCAUCCAUCCCCACUACCGCUACUAUGUCCGUGAAAUGCGUAUCCUGGGCUACACCCAGUUGCUGGAGUCGUACCGCUCUCUCACCCUGCAGUAUAUGGCUGAGUCAUUCGGUGUCACCGUGGACUACAUCGACCAAGAGCUGGCCCGCUUCAUCGCCGCCGGACGGCUGCAUGCCAAAGUGGAUCGCGUAGGCGGCAUUGUGGAGACCAACCGACCGGACAACAAGAAUUGGCAGUACCAGGCUACCAUUAAGCAAGGAGAUCUGCUACUCAACCGCAUCCAGAAGCUGAGUCGCGUGAUAAACAUCUAAUGUAGUUCGUAUAAAAAAGGUUUAUUCAAAUUCAACAUUUAUUACAGUGUAAAGCUAACGAAAGGUAAAAUAAUAAAAACGAUAAAAACUCAUGAAAA